ACGAAGAGGGAGGAGUGGAGACUGAGUUGCCCUAGCUGACUGUGUUGUGAAAAACAGCUGUGACAUUCUGCCAGAGCUUCUUAAAGAAAAUGACUGGAUUCUGACUUUUUAUUAUUAUUAUUAUUAUUCAAUCUUUAUUGAGGAAAAUGGAGACUUGGACAGAUGCACUGACAGGUUUAUACAAUUCCUGUUUAACGGCACCCUGUGGAGGACAUCACAGUCCCCCGUCACCUGACACGGCCCCUGAGAGGCCUCCUCUGCCUUUAACCUAUACAGAGUACCAGUACUACAACAGACGUCGUGGAUUCCAGCACAACCCAGUGGCACAGAACAGCCAUCACAGGGUGGAGUGGGACAGAGAGAGCCUCACAGACAGCGGGCAGAAUAGCAUAGCUCAACAGGUGUUCAAAAGAGUACAGAGAUCAAAUCAACACAACCGUCAAUAUCAGAACAACAAUGUCUUCUCAAAGGCUGACACAGCAAACAUCGAUCAGCUGUAUAAACACAGCGCUCCCAGGACGCCACCCGGAGGACAGGUUCUGUAUGAGUGGUGCAGUGACGGAUGGGCACAUGAUUCAGAGAGCUACCUCAGUGUAGAGAUGAAUUCGCCCACCAUCCCUACCCGUAAUGGCCACCCCGUGGUGGAAAUACCAGACUCCGAGUCGGAGUCGGAAUACUUCACACCCAGGAUUACCCCACGGGCACUGAGGGGCCAGGGCACGUCUCCCCGUCAGGAGAACCACAACUGGGGUAGAGGCCAGGGCACGUCUCCCCGUCAGGAGAACCACACCUGGGGUAGAGGCCAGGGCACGUCUCCCCGUCAGGAGAACCACACCUGGGGUAGAGGCCAGGGCACGUCUCCCCGUCAGGAGAACCACACCUGGGGUAGAGGCCAGGUCACGUCUCCCCGUCAGGAGAACCACACCUGGGGUAGAGGCCAGGGCAUGUCUCCCCGUCAGGAGAACCACACCUGGGGUAGAGGCCAGGGCACGUCUCCCCGUCAGGAGAACCACACCUGGGGUAGAUCUGGUCCAGAGCCCCCCCCCAUGAACCACUCUCAGGGACUUUAUUACCACACCCUUCCAGCUCCCCGGUCUAAGAUGGUCAUCUCUAAACCCAGCAGACUAUGCAUUUCCCCUCAAGGGGUUAAGAUUUCUGUGGUGGAGAAACCCAUGUCUAUGAGAGCUACGAUAACUCCAACCUCUCCUCCUAACGCGAGUCCACCUAGCCAGCAUUAUUUCUAUCCCAUUCAACAUCACAUGAAGAAGCAACCCUCCAACAGACAUCGCCUGAGCCAACACCAGAAGAGCCAAGGUGGUUCUAGUCAGCAGCAAACCCAGAGGCUUGUCCAUCAGCCUUCGCCGGUCAGGCCAAGUCCUUAUGCGAGCUCUUGUAUGGUUCAGAUGGAGCGCUCUCAGUCACAACGCAGAGAGGAGGCCGUGGUGGCAAACAAGGAAAGUAACUCAGGUGGACUAAAAAGUCAGGUGCACAUGAAGCCCAAAAAUGUGUUUGGUCAGCCACUUGUACCGGCCACGCUAAGGGCGGCUCAAUCUCCCCAACUGACCCAUAAGAACAAGGUUGAAGAAGACCUUAGAAAAUUGCUCAUCGUGGACGAUGUGGUAAAGAAUCACCGUAAAGUUACAAACAUAGAUGGGACCCUUUUUAAGCACCCAGAGGAUUCCACAGGCCUCUCGUACAGUCCUGCUGUGACCCAAGCACAGGCUUCUCCUGCAUUUAAAGAUGGCAGUAGUUCACCACACAUCAACAGGAAUGGCUUUGGGUUGGUGUCUGAGCUCAGUGAAACUGCAGCUCGGGACAUGAAAACCCCAGAGGACCAGGUGCCUCCAUUAGAAGCUCCAUCCAACCAUGAGUGGGACAGGCUGAUUAAUGUGAAGGAUAAAAUGGCCCCAAUUUGUACAAGUGAGUAUCAGAAUGAAGAAACUGGGACAGCACCAGAGACCCACUUAGCGAGCCACCAUCCUCCUGAGGCGCUUCUGGACGGCUCCACCAUGCUGGGCGAUGACUCUGAGGAACUUACCAGGCAACUCCACUAUCUAGAGACGAUACUAGGAGAGCUCAAGAGUGAUCUGAGCAAGGAGAGGAGGGAUAAACUGGCUCUGCUGGCGGAGGUGGAGAGCCUGCGCAAGAACAACCACCACCUACUGGAGGAGUCUCUGUUCGCCUACGAGGAGCUGCACAAACUCAAAAGCAUGUUUAGCAUCGCACCAGGGGACACCAAAUGAGGAGACACUCAGAAAGGUGCAGACAACAUGACACGGCUGUCACCGUGACAACAGCUUCAGAACAUUUACCAUGGACCUUUUUGAAGCUUGUCUCUGUGUGUGUGUGUUUACUACUUCAGUAAUAUCACUGAUCGAUAUGUCUGUGCAGUUGUUUAGUCUGUCAUUAUACAGUGCAUUCAGAAGGUAUUCAGACCCCUUCACUUUUUUCUCAUUUUAUGUUGCAGUCUUUUAAAUAAUAAAAAAAUGUAUUUAAACAAUAUAUACACAGCACCCCACAAAAAGCCCAAAUGCCAGGUUAAUAAGCAUGUUUGCAAAUGUAUUAAAAAGGAGAAACUGAGUUUUCAGACCUUUGGCUAUGACAGUUGAAAUUUAGCUCAGGUGCCUCCCAGUUUUGACAUGUUUCUACACUUUGACUGGAAGUUUUUAAAGAGUUUUUCAGCAGCAGGGACUGGGCGACUGCUCAGGGUGGGGGGGAAGUUGAACGGAGCAGAAAACAGAGAGAUAAGUGAAAAGCUGGUCCAGCUUGUCAGGACCUCUGACUGAGCCGAAGGUUCACCUUCCAACAGGACAAUGACCCUAAGCACACAGCCAGGACCACGCAGGAGUGGCACAGGUGCAACACCUGAACGACCUUGCGUGGCCCAGCCAGAGCACUGACCUGAACCCAAUCAUACAUCCCUGGAGAGACCUGUGAUUGGCUGCCCACCGACAGAGCUUUAGAGGGUCUGCAGAGAAAUGGCAGAAAAUCCACAAAUCCAGGUGUGCAAAGCUUAUCACGUCAUACCCAAAGAAGUCUCAAUGCUGUAAUCGCUGCCAAAGAUACUUCAACUAAGUACUGAGCAAAGUAUCUAUGUACUUAUGUCAAUGUGAUUUUUCAGUUUUUCCCUUUUUUUUAACAAAUUAGCAAAAAUCUUGAAAAAAAACGAUUUUCCUUUUGUCAUCCUGGGGUAUUGAGUGUUCACUAAUAAGGAAAUUUGAACAUAUUGCUGCAACAUAAUGAGAUGUGAAAAGAGUGAAAGGGGUCUUAAUACUUUCUGACUGCACUGUAUAAAACGGAACCAGAGGUAUCCCUAUAUCAGCACUCACAAGGACACAGGCAACAUAUCAAAACAUUUGUUUUUAUUCCUACAGUAAUACAUUUCAUUUUAAGGGUAGUCUGUACUAUGUAUAGACUAAUAAUCCUGUGUUAAAACAGCCAAUCAUAAAUAAAACAGUCUCUAUUGUUUUCCAACAUAACCUAAAGCAUACACACAGAAAAAAUAUAGUCUUACCAGUAACAAGCCACUUUGGCAAGUUAGUUCAAUAAUGAAAGGACAUCUACCACCCAUAUUGACAGGGACUAACACAUGAGACAGCGUAGCAUGGGAUGACAGUGAAACUUUGCCUUAAUCUUAAAUAAGAAUGUAGAAAACGUGUAUAAAUAGGUAAUAAAUAAAGAACAACCAUCUAUCAUA